AUGCACCAGGCUGGUUUAAUUUUGGGGCCAUCAUUGUUUGGUCGAAAUAUUGGAUACAUGGAGAAAUUCCUUCCAGCACAAAGCAAAAUUGUACUUCAAACAGUUUCAAAUUUCGGAUUAUUGAUACAUCUAUUCCUCUUGGGAGUAAAAGUUGAUGCAUCCAUUUUAAGACAAGCUGGCAACAACGCCAUGUUAAUAGGCUGCAUGAGUUUUAUUGUGCCGUUUCUAUUCAGCUCCAUCUCCUAUGCAAGCAUGGUUUAUGGAUAUGGCGAGAUACCAAAUGACUUGGUAACUUCCCUCCGUUAUGUUGUGGCAUUGAAUUCAAUUACUUCAUUUGCUGUCAUAACAAGUCUGUUAACGGAUCUGAACAUUCUCAACUCUGAACUUGGGCGAUUAGCCACAAAGACAUCCAUGGUUUGUGACAUUUGUGGGUGGAUAAUGACGCUUAUCUCUCGUGUGGCUAGUCGAGACUCAAAAAUUGUGUCAUUUUAUGCUGUGUCAUGCAAUGCGAUAUUCAUGCUUAGCAUUGUGUUUGUGAUAAGACCAUUUGUCAUAUGGUCAACGAAGCGAAAUCCAAAAGCAAAAUCUAAAGAAGAGAUUCCUUUCUUUAUGAUAUUUGUGGUGAUGCUAACAACGUCUCUUUUGUCUGAGGUACUUGGGCUGUAUGCUGCGUUUGGUGCAUUCUGGUUAGGUAUAGCUCUACCGGAUGGACCACCAAUUGGUUCAGCUUUAAUACACAAGCUUGACACGGUGGCUACCGGAUUGUUGCUUCCAGCAUUCAUAGCGAUCGGUGGGUUACGAACAAAUUUAUUUGUAGUGGGGGAAAAACAUCCAUGGGUAAUAAUAGUGACCAUAUUUUUGGGAUAUAUUGGAAAGUUAACAGGCACGCUUGGCCCAGCUCUCUACUGCCAAAUGCCAUUUUCAGAAGCUUUUUCUCUUGCCCUCAUCAUGUGUAGUAAAGGAGUCAUCGAGGUUUCCGUUUUUAUCAUGUUCAAGGAUUCCAAGGUAUUAAAUUCAGAGACUUUUAAUCUACUAAUCUUGUCAAUGUUAUUUGUAACUGGAAUUACAAGACCCAUGAUUGUAUAUUUAUAUGAUCCAUCAAAGAGAUAUAAGGCUAAGAGCAGAAGGACUAUGUUACAUACACAUCAAAGAAAUGUCCAACUUCGGAUGAUGGUUUGUAUCCAUAAUGCGGAUAAUGUUCCGACCAUUAUAAAUCUCCUUGAAGCCUCAAACCCAACGCGAUACAGCCCUAUUGCUGUUUUUGUUCUGCACCUCAUGGAUCUCAAAGGUCGAGCCUCUGCCAUUCUUGUCCCUCACCACCACCUAAACAAGCUCAACUCCAACUCCAACCGAUCUGAUCAUAUUGUUAGAGCUUUUUUACACUUCGAACAACAACACCAAGGUAGUGUUAUGGCACAACAUUUUACUGCAAUUGCCCCAUAUGCUAGCAUGCACGACGAUAUAUGCACAAUGGCUUUGGACAAAAAAGCAACAAUUGUUAUUGUCCCGUUUCAUAAAAGUUUUGCCAUUGAUGGAAAUGUUGAAUCUUCAAUGUCUACCAUUAGAAACAUUAACAAAAAUGUCUUAGAUAAAGCACCAUGUUCUGUUGGUGUUCUCAUUGACCGAGGACAUGUCUCUAAUAGUCGAUCAAUCUUUAUAGGACCCGAGCUUUAUUGCAUAGCCUUACUUCUACUAGGUGGUGUAGAUGAUCUUGAGGCUCUUGCUUUUUGCAGACGAAUGGUGGAGCACCCAAAAGUUAGCAUAACAGUGGUUCAUUUCAAGCAUAAAAAUUAUGACCACGAAAAAGAUACCUUAGAAAGCCAGAUGAUUAACGAGUUAAAGAAUAUGGGGAUAAGUAAAGAAAAAUUCAUUUACAAAGAAGAGUUUGUGAGACAUGGGGUGGAUACAACUCAUGUUGUUAAUUCGUUAGGACAUGGUUAUGAUUUGGUAAUGGUGGGUAGACACCAUGACCCUGAGUCUCCUCUUUUAUUAGGACUAACAGAGUGGAGUGAGUUUCCUGAACUUGGGAUAAUAGGGGAUUUGCUUGCUUCUUCAGACUUCUAUUUUUCAGUUCUCGUAGUGCAACAACAACCUGGAGAUACUGAUUUUUUUCUUGAUGGAGGGUACGAGUUACCUAUUUCUAUGAGAAAAGAUGAUGAUUCAAGAGUAUACCCUCAUUUCUCUACUGACGAAGAAUUUACACCUAUACAUAUUAGGACAUAA